AUGUCGAUCCACAGCUCAGAGGAUGGUAAUACAACAGCGAACGCUUUCUCUGUCAAAAUAAGUAGGGACGAGCCUGUUAGCGAGCUCAAGAAGGCUAUUAAGGCGGAAAAAGCACUAAAGUUCGACCAUUUUCUUGCAGACAAGCUCAAGCUAUGGAAGGUGUCGAUCCCUGGCGAUCACCUUGACGAUCAGUUGAAGAAUCUCAAGCUCAAUGACAGUGACGAGCUGUCAGCAAUAAAGAAGAUUUCGAAAUACUUGCCUGACUCACCAGCCGAGGAACAUAUUCAUGUCUUAGUUGAACCACCGUCUCGACUGCCACUUCGAGCCGCGAACAGGAAUUACUUGAUCGCAUCUCAGUGUUGGAGAAAUCGUUCAGCAACGUUCGAUAUCGUCGUUAGCCCGAAACGAACUAAGGGUUUCAAGUGGACAGUGGAUAUCGAUAACGCAACUCUUGAUGGCCUCAAAGAAUACAUACGUGAAAUGGAGAAACCGCCGACACUUGAAAAUGAUGGAGCAGUUCUAAACUUCAUAAGAGAUAUUCACCUCGGAACGAUCAAGACCUCUGCUAAAUGCUCCGGCUAUUCGUAUCAAACAACAGCUUCAAGUUUACUGUACUCAUUGAGACUCCCUCGAAGCCCUUCAACGAAUGGACCUUUCCGAAAUGCGAACACUGAGAAUGAGAAAUAUAAAGAGGCGUUACGUAAACUUUUUGACGAAUUGGAGACUCGUGUUGCAACCACUCCUAUUGACGUGUCUUAUGAAGCCACCAAAAGCAGAAUCUAUUCAUAUACCUAUCUCGUUUCCGCUACUUACCCGUUCAAGGAUCAAGUCAAGGUCGUACCGGAGAAGUUGAUCGAAGGGAAAAAUGGGCGUGGGAAUCUCAAAGCCAAGAUAUUAGAGAAAUUAUGAUAGAUGGAAAAGAAGUUAGCUGACGUCAUAUUUAUGAUUAUACUAUUUGAAAUUCAACAAAAAUUAUAAGAGCGACUCCUUUAUCAUUUAUAAUUUAAAAAUAUAAUAAAAAGCUUUGAUUUUUUAAACUUGUUUGCGUGAUG